GGUAUUUGUCUGAAGCAGGGACAGGGGUGGGGCACUCUCUCGCACCCCAGGAGGCAAUUAUUGGCUCUCGCAUGGACAUCUCAAGGUGCUGUACUGUUACCUUAUGUCAUUUUUAAGAGCCCUUUUGCAGAUGCGGGUUUUUGAUCGCAGGUCGACAGGGGCCUGUCGCAGAUGGGUCUCAGUCGCCCUGGCGGAAACUCUAGUAUUCCGAGUCCAUAUAAGUAACUGCUUCUUCCCCACUUGUCUGUCACUAUUAUCUUGGUUCUCCUCAUCCUCUGACCUCGUCAGUGACCAAACUCGGGGUCAUGUCAUCCAACACAUCACAGGCAGCUCUAUGGCUUGAACGAUCUCGCCUUGACGGAAUGGUCUUAGGGGGUGUAUCAUAUGGGAUAUACCUUUUCCUUACAGUACAAACCUGGAUUGUUGUCAUGCAGCAGCCUCGAUAUGGGGGUAGAAGCCGUCGCGUGCUUCUUUUUUACAUAUUCAUCACGUUCGCAUUGGGGACGGUAUCCUUUGCUGCGAACGCGAAAUAUACGGAGAUGAUUUGGAUAGACCUUCGGGAUGUACCUGAGAGCCCGGCCGAUCUAAUCGAGAACCAAAUGACCUAUCCUAUCAACGUUCUAGCGAUUUCCACUGCUCACAUCCAGGAGUGGUUUAUGCAAGCUCUACUUCUUCACCGAUGUUUCGUGAUAUGGAAUUGGGCGAGAUGGGUGACGAUCCCUAUGAUCACGCUCUACAUCGCCAUGAUAGCGCUGUCUAUUCGCAGCCUGAUCCAGGCGAGCAACGGUGCCUUAGUUUACAGUAUCGACUUCAUACUUGUCUACCUCUGCAUCGAAGUGGGGCUCAGUGUCAUUUAUACCAUUCUCGUGGCGAAUCGUUUGCUCGCCAUGCGAAGCCUGAUGAAACAGGUCACGGCCCAAUAUGAUUCUAGCACCUAUGACACCAUCAUUCUCAUGGUCGUCGAGUCUGCCAUGUUAUACUCUAUCUUCGCUGUGAUUUUCAUAGUGUCCUAUGCUCUGCAUCUAAACGCUAUCAGUACUGUAUGCUACCUGUCUAUUUGCCAAGUCCAGGGCAUUGCUCAAUUAUUCAUCAUCCUUCGCGUUGCACAGGGCCUGGCAGAUCCAUACGAUUGGUCGAGCCGAGAUGCUGCAGCACCUACGACUACAGUACUCUCAGGUUUUGUAUCGGACACAACGGAAAAUCAAAUGAUGAAAGUAUAG